AUGGCAGGCCAGCCCUCGAUGUCGGAAAGUGACGACGCCGCGGCACCUCGCGACGAUGGCCCGCGGCCUCGAAGUGCGCCCGAUGUUGCCCGGAGCGAGGCGGGUACCGGUAGUUCGGUGGCCUCGUUGGACAGCUUUUCUAUUGGCUUGAGUGUUGAUCCUGACGAUAGCGAUGCCGAUUCGGCCAUGUUUGAUAUGGAUAGGGCACCAUCGACCGCAUCUGUGUCAUCAAGUGUUUAUGAUUUCGUCGAAGAGCACGGGAGAACAUACCACAAGUACAAAGAAGGGAGGUAUUGGAUGCUCAAUGAUGAGCAAGAGCAACAACGAUUAGAUCUUCAGCAUAUGAUGUGUCGCAAGGUGUUCAGAGGCCAUUUGGCCUUGGCCCCAAUAGAUCGACCACGGAGAGUACUGGACUUCGGGACCGGAACAGGCAAUUGGGCGAUAGACUUUGCUACCAAGCACCCCGAGUCCGACGUCCUCGGGACGGAUCUAAGUCCCAUACAGCCCGAGUUUGUCCCUCCAAACUGCCACUUCGAAGUCGACGACAUCGAAGACGAGUGGGUAUUCUCGCACAAAUUCGACUACAUCCACGCGCGCCACAUGGUGGGCUCCAUGACCGACUUCCCCAAGCUCUUCCGGGCCAUCUACGACAACUUGACGCCGGGCGGCUGGGUCGAGAUGCAGGACUACUACGUCAAGCUGCAGUCGAUCGACGGCAGCCUCGACGGCACGGCGCUGCAGCGCUGGAACGACAUGCUCAACCACGCGCUGUCGUUCACCGGGCGCAGCGGCCUGGCCGCCCCCAAGUACAAGCGCUGGAUGCGGGAGGUCGGCCUUGUGGAUAUCGGGGAGGAAGUGUUUGCCGUUCCCGGGAAUACCUGGGCUAAGGGCCGUGACGAGAAAGAGCUCGGCGCUAUGCAGAUGGAGAAUAUCCUUGAGGGCAUACAUGGCAUCAGCAUGACGCUGUUCACCAAGUUCCUGGGCAUGCGGUCUGAGGAGGUCGAGGUAUUGCUCGUAGAUGUGAGGAAAGAUUUGCGGAAUCGCGAUAUCCACUUUUAUUACCCCAUAAUGUCUGUAUAUGCUAGGAAGCCUGAAUGA